CAAAGAGAAUCCUCGUGUCUGGUCAUUUCCUCUUCAAACUUAUUUGACAGAGCAGAGAAUUUCAGGAGAAUGAAGACCUCGUUUGUGUGCAACGACUCGAUGGUCAUCUCUAUUCCCAUCGGGAAACUAAAGGAUGGUGGACCGGCUGACCUGAUGCCAGAGAAAUUCAACUGUGUGUUCAAGGACUCCUACAAGAUCUUUGUCAUCAAUGGGAAACCCAAACCUCUCGGAGCAGCUCAAGCCAUCGCUGGUGUGUUUCUUUGCGCUCUUGGUCUGAUUAUGAGAGACUUUAUGCUGAUCUACUCUGUACCCAGUGCUCUGUUUGUGGUCUCUGGUUUGCUGUCCUAUGCUGCAGGAAGAGGUCCGCAUAUGGGUGUGGCAAAGCUGUCGUUCUCUCUGAACAUCAUCAGCUUCUUCUGGUCACUUGCAGCGUUCGCUCUCAGCGUGUUUGUCUCACAACUUCUCCAUCAUGACCACAUCCAUAACCCGGCGUUCGAUGGAGUCAAGGGACUGAGUAUGAGUCUGCUGGUUGUUGAAUGCUUCAUCGCCCUGUUCUUGAUCUACUGGUUAAGUAAAGCUGUUUGCAGGCAACACUUCAACACUUUGCCCAUCAUACUCUUGAAACAUGGAGACUGAAAUAAAAGACUUCAUGGAGCUCAACACACCUACCGACCCUAUUUAACUUUUAACUUCCUGGUUGUAGAAAAAGUGCUUAUCAGCGUAGUUCAGUAUACCCCUGAGCGCAUGCUUAAAAAAAAAAAAAAAAAAAGCUAAUUCAUUACAACCUAAUCCUUUUGGUUUUUAAAAUGACAUGCUUUAUGGUCUUUUUAGAAAUCACAUCCAUGUAAAAAAAAAAAAAAAAGGACAAAGAACACAUUUAUAUCAUAUCUGAAACCUACGUAUUCCAAACGGGCUCUGGUAAAUUACUUUAGAUUGAUUAUUGAUUCCUGUGGUAGCCUGUGUGUUCUGCUUCAAAAAAUGCAAAGACUUAAAGAUGUGUCUUAUGAUUUCAGUGACCCACUGUGGGUCUUCUGUUGAGUAUUGACUCACGUUGUGUACUUUAUAAUGACUUGAUUUAAAAAAAAAUCAACAUUUCUAGAUUUAAUUUCAUUUGACUUUAUAUUCAGCUUCAGAUCAGUGAAUUACUCUGGACGGGUUUUAUCUUGUUUAAAAAAAUCAAAGACUCUCAAGCUGACAGAUACUGUACAUUUUAAUAUGUGAUUAAAUACAUUUUAAUUCUUUAUCCAUGAAUUUCUCUCAUAGACAGACAGGAUAUUUUUUUUUGCAUGUGGUACAUCUCCUACCAACUACAAAAUGAAUAUUUUACGUUCUUAAUAAAUUUGCUUUGAAAUACUGGUGGGAGCAUACAACAUGUCCACCAGAGACAUUGUGGUGAUCGAGCUAUAGAGGCCUAAGCUGAGAAAUGUCAGACCUCCACCUCCUACACCACCAGGGUUUGCAAAUUCUGUGGAGUCCUUACAACAAAGUCAUGACAUCAUUUUUUUUAACAGGGCUUUGGGUAAUUGAUGUGCACUAUGUCUUUGUAUUAUUUUACUGUGUAUGUGUGUGUGUGUGGGUGUGUGUGUGGUGUGCAUCUGUGUGUGUGUGUUUUCUGUUCUGCACUUUGUAUGAGCGUGUCUGAAAUUGACUCCUUAAAUAUGUUAAAAUAUUACAUGACAGGUCUCAAAUGUGUUUUGGUAGAUCUUAAUUAUCUUAACAUUCAUCUAAUGCUGCUUCUGUUGCACUUGAAAUCGGUUUCUUAAGAGAACUGUUUUAGCGACACACAUAGUUUGUAAUGUCUUCAUGUGUUAGCUCUUUCUCCGUGGUACCAGGUAUUAGGAUUCUGUAAUAAAACAACAAACAAGACCAGCAUGGAACUUAUGAUUGAUGUACACACUAGGCCCGGCUGUGAGAAAUACUACACAUACU